AUGGUCAGGAGGUCGACUCCCGUUUUAUGGUGUGUAAUACAGCCAUGGAUUUGCCAGGCGGCUAGCAUUACCACCCUCCCCAAGCCAGAUGAUUCAGUCGUCCUUCCACGACAAGUCAACGGUGACGUGAGUUCCUCGACAUUUCUGCGCAGAGCCUAUCAUGCGUCCGCCGUUUUGGGCGGGCGAGUGUACAUUGACGGUGGUGAGGUCUCGUACUACAGCGGUACUGACAUCACCUUUCAAUACUCCAACUCGUUGCUUUCUAUCGAUCUAACCGAGGACUGGACAAGUGAUUCAGUCCGGUUCGACUCAACAUCCAAACCGACUGGUGCCGCCAAUCUCAAGGGCGGAGGAAUCUGGGUAGACGAGACGCAAGGUGUCCUAUAUACGGGAUUCGCCGGCAUUAAGUCGGAUUUUGGAAAUAACGCCAAUCAGCCUCAAGGCCUAUGGUCAUUUAAGCCGGAUGGUAAAGGAGGCGGAACCUGGCAAAACCUGAAUAGUACUGCGGAUAAGAUGUUUACGGAAAAACUGAGACCGUUCCAGGGCAAGAUAGCCAGUGGCAAUGGCGUUGGUUACUUCCUCGGAGGUACGCAGGCUUUUUUCCCCCGACCUCCAAGACUUCUUUGCUUUAAAUCAAACUUCGAUGGACCGGUGAGUGGCCUUCUCACGUACGACUUCGCGUCGAAGAAGGCUAUCAACACAUCCGUCUCCCUUGCUUCCACACAAGGAUCGGAGCAAUUUGGCAGCAUGCUCUACGUGCCCAACUUUGGCAAAAAGGGAAUCCUGGUUUCCGUGGGAGGCUAUAUAGGGGAUUUGCAGACAGACGAUAGCAAUGCCAGGCUGGCCUCCAUGGACACCGCACGCAUCUUCGACAUUGACAGCAAUGCUUGGUUCGAACAAAGCACAUCGGGCACCUCGCCCAGGCCAAGGCAGGAAUAUUGUAUGGCAGGAGUGGCAUCGGACAACCAGACCUACGAGAUCCUCAUCUACGCCGGCUGGGGUCGCACUCUGGGCAGCGUAUCUGUACCCUUCGACGAUGCCUACGUGCUCACCCUGCCCGGGUUUUACUGGACCAAAGCUCCCUACACGGCACGGAAUCCCAGACACGCGCUCAGCUGCAACGGGGUCGGUGGUGGUCAGAUCAUAACAAUCGGAGGCGUCGACACUACUAGAGAUGGACCCAACCCACUGUAUAAGGUGGUUUUCACGACUACCGAUCCAUUCUCACAAGGCAUCGCGGUGUUUGAUCUCGCUACCUUGAAGAUCACAGACACUUACACAGCGAACCGAACCUCGUACUCGCCUGCCCCUGCGAUUCAGUCGUUCUAUAACGACAAAGGCAGAAAACCCGAGUCCGGCUUCACCAACAGCCAACUAGAGUCCGUCUUUGCCCACCAAAAAUUUAAAGCCACCAACAACAGCGACCCCUUCCCCCCCCCGACUCCCUCCUCGCCCCCGACUCCCUCCGACUCCUCCUCACCAUCGCCCUCCGGCUCAACAGACCCCUCCAGCAGCAGCAAGGCAGGGCCCAUCGCCGGCGGCGUGGUAGGCGGCGUCGCAGCCAUUGCCGCGGCGAUAGCGCUGGGCUAUUUCCUUGCUCGCCGACGUACUAAGAAAAAGGGACUGUCUGAAGAAGGGGAACAACACCAAGAGCAGCAACAACAGCAGCAACAACAAUCGCCGCAGCAGGGACAACAGCAAGUAGUACAGGAAACCAAGUGGCAGCCGGGGGGUUACGAACCUUAUUCUGGUGGUGGUGGUGUUGAGGCGCCGUAUACCGAUGGGAAUGGGAAUGGAUACAGCGGGGAUAGAUUGUACCAGCAUCAACAGGUUCAUGAGCUUCCGCCGCAUCAUGUUGUUCAUGAGAUGCCGGAGAGGCAGAAUGUUAGUGAGAUGCCGGAGAGGCAGAAUGUUAGUGAGAUGCCGGAGAGGCAGAAUGUUAGUGAGAUGCCGGAGAGGCAGAAUGUUAGUGAGAUGCCUUGA